AUGGCAGAAGCCAAGACCCACCAGCUCGGAGCAGUCCUGUCUCUUAUUUCUUUACUUUUCUUCAUCUCCUGUGCCAAAGCAGCUUCACUUCAGCGCAAUCAGCUGCUGCCAAAGGAAUUGGACCCCAGGUUGGAAAAUGCCCAACGCUUCCCCAGCCCAGAAAUGAUCCGAGCGUUGGAGUAUAUAGAAAAACUCCGGCAACAAGCUCACAAAGAAGAAAGCAGCCCCGACUAUAAUCCCUACCAAGGUGUUUCUGUUCCUCUCCAGCAAAAAGAAAGUGGUGAUGAAAGCCACUUUCCAGAAAGUUCUAGGGAUUCCCUGAGUAAAGAUGAGUGGAUAAGAAUAAUAAUGGAAGCCCUGAGGCAGGCUGAGGGUGAGCCGCAGACUACACCCAGAGAAAACAAGCCCUAUUCUUUGAAUUCAGAUAAAACCUUCCCAGUGGACCUGACCGAUGAUUAUGAAGUUCCACAGUGGCUGGAAAGGAAGCUGAAGAACAUGCACUUCCCCCCUAUGUAUGAAGAGAAUUCCAGGGACAAUCCCUUUAAACGCACAAAUGAGAUCGUGGAGGAACAAUAUACCCCUCAGAGUCUGGCUACCCUGGAAUCUGUCUUUCAAGAACUGGGAAAACUGACAGGUCCAAACAACCAGAAACGUGAGGGGGUUGAUGAGAAGCAAAAGCUUUAUGCUGAUGAUGAAGAUGAUAUGUACAAGGCCAACAACAUCGCCUAUGAGGAUGUGGUCGGAGGAGAAGAUUGGAAUCCAGUAGAGGAGAAAAUAGAGAGUCAAACCCAGGAAGAAGUGAGAGACAGCAAAGAGAAUCUAGAAAAAGAUGAACAAGUCAAUAAUGAAAUGAAGCGCUCGGGGCAGCUGGGCCUGCAGGAUGAAGAUCUUCGGAAAGAAACUAAAGGCCAACUCUCAGAUGACAUCUCCAAAGUAAUUGCCUACUUGAAAAGGUUAGUGAGUGCUGCCGGAAGUGUGAGGUCACAGAGUGGGCCCAAUGGAGACAGAGCCAGGCUGUUGGAGAAACCACUUGAUUAUCAGUCUAUCUAUCAGCUUAUUGAAAUCUCAAGGAAUUUACAGAUACCCCCUGAAGACUUAAUUGAGAUGCUCAAAACUGGGGAGAAGCCAAGUGGCCCAGCGGAGCCGGAGCAGGAGUUUGAACUUCCAGCUGACCUAGAAGACCUCGCAGAGGCUGACUUAGAUCUCCCAGACCUGUUCCAAAACAAGAUGCUCUCCAAGAAUGGCUUCCCCAAAUCUCCUGACCGGGCUGUGGCAGAGGCCCUUCCAGAAGGAGUCACUGUGGAGGACAUUUUAAAUCUCUUAGGAAUGGAGGGAACAGCAAAUCAGAAACCUCCGUAUUUCCCCAGUCAGUACAGCCGAGAGAAGGUUCUGUCGAGGCUUCCCUAUGGUCCUGAAAGGGCUCGAGCAAAUCAGCUUCCCAAGGCAGCCUGGCUGCCAGAUGUUGACAACAGACAAAUGUAUGAAAAUCUGAAUGACAAGGAUCAAGAGUUGGGAGAGUAUUUGGCCAGGAUGCUGGUUAAGUACCCUGAGCUCAUGAACUCAAACCCGAUGAAGAGAGUCCCCAGUCAGGGUUCUUCGGAAGAUGACCUCCAGGAUGAGGAGCAAAUGAGCCAGGCCAUCAAAGAGCGCUUGAACCCAGGAGGUCCUCAGGAGACUGACAAGGUAGCCUUGUUAAGCAAAAGGCUCCCUGGGGGGGUCCCGAAGAUGGAUGACACCCCAAGCAGGCAGUAUUUGGAUGAAGAUCUGUUAAUGAAAGUGCUGGAAUACCUCAACCAAGAAAAAGCAGAAAAGGGAAGGGAUCAUAUUGGGAAGAGAGCAAUGGAAAAUAUGUAA